AGCAGCACUUCUCACUUCCCCAAACUCUCUGACCGGACAUCGCGGCGGGUCGCCGGAGGACAGAUGAGCAAGAAGAUGCUUGCCUUGCUCAGUGUCCUCCUGCUCUCAUCACAUGUCCUUCCUCUCGUCCAGUCACUGCAGUGCGAUGAAAGAACAGAGUAUUUGGACGGCAACCGGUGCUGCAAAAAAUGUAAACCAGGGGAGCUUAUGAUGAAGAAAUGUGAAGGAAAAACUGAAACUGUGUGCGAGCCAUGUGGAAAUGGCUACUUCACGGACGACUAUAAUAUCAAUUACCAAUGGUGCAAACAUUGCACGACGUGCACCAAGGAAAAUAUGAAGUAUAUGAAGGACUGUACGGUGACAAGCGAUGCAAACUGCACAUGUGAAGACGGCUACAGAUGCAGUGACAGCAAAUGCGAGUCGUGUGAGAAAAUUCAGACAACUACUGUUACUACUCCUCCUUCUACUAAAACAAUAUCGCCCACCCAUGAUAAUGUGUGGAUCUCGGUGAGUCUGUGUUUUGCGUGUGUGUGUGUGUGCGCUCUGCUCACCUGUUUCCUUCUCAUCAGCAGACAUGCACGACCAUGUGGACGGAUCAUGUCGACAUCAAUCGGUCUCUGCUCCUCCGACAAGAGCAGCCUUGGUUCCAGUCAGUGCACAGAGGAAGAGGAGGUACCAAUGCCAGUGCAGGAGGUUUGUGGAAAGACUGAAAAACUGGAGGAUGUCUGAGAAAAGAGCAGGAAGAAGACCGCUGAUGCGUCUAUGGAUUGAGUAUUUACUCUAAUACAAACCUGCUGCUGCCAUUUACAUAAGAGAAAAUGUGCACUCAUCAGGUGGCCCAUAUGAAGGUUCUGUGAGAAUGACUGUCCUUCGUGAGAAAUGCUGAGAUAGAGAGAGAUUUGAGUUACCACCGCACACAAGGAGACACUGAACACAGAGCUAAUCUUUUUCAACAAAUGAAGGUUUUAUUCUCUGCACACUUGUUUGUAUUUAUAAUUGGGUGGUUUUUGCACAAGAAGCCCAUGGACUUUUUCAAAUCAAGAUUUUAUGUUAAAAUGUAUAUGAAUGUAAAGUUUGAAGUUUUUCACUAUUUUUUUUAAUGACUAAAAAUAUGCCUCAAAAAAUAUUAUGAAGAAGCUGCAUGUAUAAUAUGAUCACAGAAUGAACACAGUGUUUCCAAAUCUAAGAUAUAUAGCAUGUCACAUAUAAGAAGUAUUUUUUUUUGUCAGCUACCUGGUUGCUAAAAUAGAAAAUUGUAGUUGGAUUUGUAUUUGCUAUCUUGCAGUGAAGUACUCAGGGAAACAUAUAAAAAAAAAUAAACUUUUAUUGAUUUUAUUGCACUUUACAAUUAAUAUCAAGCAUAAAAAAAAUUUAUAUUACAGUGAAUAUAAAACAUAAUACAUGAUCAAACGAUUGCUGCCGCAUGUGCUUAUACACUUCUGAAUGAAGAAAUGAUGUUGACAUUUCCAGACCACCAUCUAAAUGUCAGGGCUUUUUGAAGGUACAAUCCAUCAUGCCACCAAAGAAAUGAGGAAGAACACUGACAACAUUAUCCAAGGAUAUGAUACGAUCGAACACUGAUAACCUGCAUGAUUAACUGCGAUUAAUAAGAGUUACAAAUAAAUACAAAUGUUUUGUGACUUGAAUAAACUUUACAUAAAAUAAA